UUAUUGUUUCUUACAAUAAAUUUUUCAAAGGAAUUAUAUUUAGUUUGAAUUAAUAAAUCCUUAACAUAAUAAAGAAAAUAGUGGCCAAAAAACGUAAAAAUUAAAAAUAUUACACAGAAAUUUAAAUAUAUUUAAUAAAUAGAUACUUUAUUAAAAAAAUAUUUUGUAACACUUUAGUAAUUUCCCUUUUUGAUUAUACUUAAACAUAUACAAUCAAUUACUAAUCAUGAAAAUUAUAAGAUUCAUUUUUUCAUGGUAAAUAUAUUAACCAUGCAUGACAAAAUCAAUCAAUAUUGUAAUGCUUAAAUAUCACAACUGAAAAUCUCAAAUUAUCAUGAUCUAUUCUAUUAUUUAAAUGUUUAACAAUGAUUUAAUGUGAAAUAAUUUUAAAAUAUCAGAAGUUAAAAAAAAAUGUAUAGCAUACAAUCCGCGCUACGCGCGGAUAAACGAUCUAGUAGUAUUAACGAUGUUAGAUUCGGGCCGUGCGCACUGUACAAUAUAUUCCUGCUCCGAUCGCAAUAUUACGUCUUCCAACGGUAACUUUCAGACAUAAAGUCAAAAUUUUAUUGUCUAAUAAUCACAAAACACGUGUCCCAAAACAUGACCCCAACGGUCGUUUUUUUUUUCUCGAUCUUAACCCAAAAUAUAAAAGGGGACCCAAUGAUUCAAAGAAAAAGAAAAGCAAAAAAAAAAAAAGAUCAGAAAAAAAAACUUAAGAAGGUAAGCAAAAAUGGCGAGAAGAAGUCAAGAAGAAGAAGAAGAAAAGGAGAAUUUUCCUCUUAUUACAACAAAAACAGUCGAAUACUUACAACCAGUAAUGCGUCGAGAGCUACUCCGCAAAUUUCCAGACAACUCUGCUUUUGGAUUCGACUACGCACAGAGCUCUCUCUGGUCUCCUCUAUUGCCUCGAAACUACGCAAGCCCUUCUGAUCUAGACUCUGACACUUUCGUUUGUAGGAACCUUGAGCUCGGAGAGUUUCUGGAAAGCAAGAAGCAGAUGAAGAUCUCAAUGAAAAAGAAAAACAAAAAGAAGAAGUUAGUGAAACUAGACAUGUCUUCGAUCAAGAGUGACGAUUCUCCUAAAGUUGGCUGCUUUUCUCUUCCCACCAAGGGAUGGGAUGGUUUACUAAAGGUAGCUUCAAAACACUUCAAGAAAUCGAAAAAGAAGAGAGACCCAGUCGCUGAUGUCAAGCUUCUCAACUUCUGCAAAUGCUGAAAGUUCAAUUUACGUACCACUUCAAUGUUAAUUCUAUGUUGUUGGUUCUUUUGCUCAUAUGCUUCACAUGCAAGUCACAAUAUUUGGAUAUAUGGGUUGAUUUUGUUUUGUUUUAUUCGCUUAUCUGUUUUGUAAACCAUUGGAGUGUUUUGAUCAUACACAGUUCCCUGCUGCA